CAAAUCCGAUUCUCAGGGUCGAGGAUCUUCAAAAACUAUUUUCUUUUAAUUUAUCUCAUAGCGCACACAGAUGCCAAAGCUUGCAGAAGACAUACAGACCACAAAAGAAAAACUAGAAGCAGCAGGAGUCUUAAUGAAGAAAAAGAGUCAAGGUGAAGUAUCGAGUGCAACAACGAGAAGCCAGUCAAGGAACAGGACGGGGGUGGUAGGAGAAGGAGGACCAAGUACGAGCAACGGAACAACAGGAACCGGUGGCACGGAACGACCAGAAGGAGAAGACGUAGACAGGGAACCAGCUUCACCGCCAUCAGUAGGACAACCUGGAAGAGACGUACCCCCGGACAGAAGUGAGGAAGGAGAAGAGAGGGAAGAUGAAGGAGACGACAACAGAGAAGGUGGCUUUCAAUAUCCUCGAAAGUGUAUCUCCCUGCUCAGCGCUCUCGAAGGCAUAUCUUCCCGCCCAAUACUCUCGAAGGCAUAUCUUCCCAACCCCACAUCUUGGGGGGCAUCCGCGCCCACACCUCCUUCCUCGUCAUCCAUGUCAAAUUUCCUAUCCCCGAUUAUCAGAGAGGGAGUACGAGAUAGCAGAUCCAGAGGGGCAAGGCCUAAGAGAUUCUGAGAGAGGAGACAGCAGAGAGGCACUGGUGGAACGGGGGUGAUACCUGACCAGUUUUUUGGAGAGAGAGAUCGUGUGGAGAGACACAGAGCUGAUGGCGUGAUACUUUGGGAAAUCAUGUAGAACCGUAUGAAGAGAUGACGCCGAGAGAGAAGUGGUGGCAGGCGAUAGGUUUUGCGCUGGACACGGAACAGGACGUGUUCGCGGCAGAGAUGCUGAAAGGUUUCAACCUGAUGUACGGAGGAGAAGAGGCAGAGGGGGCGAAGAGACCUAACGCAAAGAGAGCCGGGUCACCGCUGAGGAGGCGAGACGAGCGACCAAGGACCGAGUUGUUAAUCAUUGGUGAUGAUGGAGAAGAAGAAGUAGACGAGCGGAUCGGUAAACCCCUGAGCGGCUUGACUUUGAUGCCACUUACGCCCUAUUUCGAGAACCGAGUGAAGACGCUGAAGGCAUACGUGCCGAUGACAGUUUUUGAUGCGGGGUGGAUCAAAAGAGACCACAGGGCGGCGGGUACGAAAAAGGUGAAGACGCUGAAAGAAGGAUCAUGGAUAGACGCCAUAGACUUGUUUAUCAAGUAUUUAGAGGAAGAAUAUGACCGGCCAAAGGCAGCGAAGAUGUUCACAAAACAUAAGGAGAACGUGGUAAAGGUGAAGAAGUUGACGAAGUGCUGGAUGGUAGCGUUGCGAUAUGACAUGAAGGUUAGGUUGAUUGUGAUGAAGGUGAAGAAAGUGAAAGGGAAGAGGGUGAUGGAAGACGCAGGGUUUCUGCACGACGACC